AUGAGCGUGAUCGACAUUUUAACCAGAGUUGAUGCGAUCUGCAAGAAGUACGACAGAUACGACGUCGAAAAGCAAAAAGAUCUCAAUGUCUUCGGCGACGAUGCUUUUGCUCGCAGAUAUGAUCUGCAGAAAGCGGAGCUUGCUUCGAAAGACAAAAAGAAGGCAUCUGCAGUUGCUCUGAACGCGGAGAUUCGUCGAACGAAGGCAAAAUUGCUAGAGGAGGUCCCUAAGUUGCAGAGAUUGGCUAUAAAGAAGGUUAAAGGGCUCUCAACAGAAGAGCUUGCUGCCCGUAAUGAUUUGGUCCUUGCAUUACCAGAUAGGAUUCAAGCGAUACCUGAUGGAACUGCAUCUGCUCCCAAACAAACUAGAGGUUGGGGGGCUUCAGCACCCCGUGCUGAAAUCAAAUUUGAUUCAGAUGGUCGUUUUGAUAGUGAGUACUUUCAAGAAAGUGAGACAUCUAGACAAUUCAGGCAGGAUUAUGAAAUGCGUAGAAUGAAGCAGGAUCAAGGUUUGGAUAUGAUUUCAGAAGGUUUGGAUACUCUGAAAAACAUGGCCCAUGACAUGAAUGAGGAGUUGGAUAGGCAAGUUCCUUUGAUGGAUGAAAUUGACACAAAGGUGGAUAAAGCAACAGCUGACCUUAAAAAUACCAAUGUUAGACUCAAAGACACUGUUAACCAGUUAAGAUCUAGCAGAAACUUCUGCAUUGAUAUUAUUUUGUUGUGCAUAAUUCUGGGGAUUGCUGCCUAUUUAUACAAUGUGCUGAAGAAGUGAUUCGUCAAAAAAUGCGUCUUCUCAACCUUAUUUGUUGAUGCUGCAGUGGUGGCUUUCUCUGGCUUUAUUUUGUAACUAAUGCACCGUUUUUUUUUUUUUUUUUUUUAAAUAAGUGUAAUUCUAUUCUAUUAAAAACACAAUAUUAAUAUAAAUAUUUUUUUUUCUAA